CGAUAACUGCUCAGUCAGUUUUCGAUUUCCAUCGAGUGAAGAACGCUUUUUUCGAAUAUUUCGUUACUAAAAAGGACAAAAUGAAGUUUGAUUUAUUGCCGUGUAUAGCAUGUCUGUUGGCGUUAACUGUGGUAGAAGGACGGUCACUACGAUUCAAGCGUAGUGAUUUCGUUUUCAGACCAGACCAUGAAUUGACCUGGGAAGAGCGGGAGCUGGCCAUGCGCCGUGGUCAUACUCAGAGCAGUGCCGCCAAUACGGGAUCGCAAACGAUUGUUGGUCCGCAAGGAAUCGCUCAUCAAACCGCCGGUGGAAGUGUUUCCUCAAAUUUGGCCAACGAUGGAUCAAGUGGACAGCUCAGUGCUGCCAACACGCAACAGCAGUCCCUCCAAUCCGGAGACAGGUUCCAGAGCCAAAACAGCGGACAGAGUCAGUCGGCGAACUUUGGCAAGGAUCAUCAGCAGAUGUCCAACGCCAAUACCAAUACCAACACUGUGCAAGAAGGUGCUAACAUUCGGCAACAGACUGAAGGUGGAGCCGCAUCUUCCGUAGUGGACAAACUUGGCAGCCAAGCUAGUCAAGCCCAGACCACUAAUGAGCGAUACGUGAACAAUGGUCAACAGGGAACCCGGUCGACAGGAUCCAGUCAGUCGCAAAACAUUGGCAAGGAUGGAUCAGGCCAGGGCGCGAACAGCAACACCGGUGUGGAAACGAUCGUUCUGCCUGAUGGAACGGUAAUCACGAAAUCCUUUGGUGCGUCGUCUAGCUUUCAAAGUAGUGGUAAAAUAAAGGUUGGUGCUAUGGCCAGCGGUUUGUCGAAUAUGGUGCAAGGUUAAACUACGUCAGUGGAGCUGAUAAUUAUGUCUUUUCUUGGAUUUUUGUUUUAUGUGAUACGUCUAUCAGUAAUAAAUGUUUUAUUUACUUUGGAAGUUUGAUUU